AUGUUUCAGUUUAAAAUUAUUCUAUUAAUUACUUGUUUGGAAGUAUAUUGUGGUUUGGCUUAUCAAUGUCCAAAAUCUGUUCCAUAUUCAACAAUACCAAGAUUAUCAAGAGUCAGUUUACCUAUAUCAAAUGCGCUCGUCCAUUUUAAAAUUGAGAACGAAUUUCUAAUAGAUUCUAAUGGUAGGACAAGAUAUGUUUGUGUAGAAAUUACGCCAGAAAUACACGCAUUACAGAAUGAGACAAUAAAUAACGAUAACGAUAUACAUGUUCAAACCGUAGGAGAUUAUAAAGAACACAUAAUAGCGCAUUCCCUAGGGGGAUCAAAUGAUUCUCUGAAUAUAUUUUCGCUUAACCAUGAUUGCAAGUCGAAGCUACUUAACAGUAGUGUCGAGCAACAACUUGCUGAAUUACUUGCUGAACACUCGCGCAUAACAUAUGUAGCUGAACUUGAAUACACAUUAUAUAAUGUGACUGAUGUGCGACCAACAAGCAUAAACGCAAUGUAUAUGGACGAAAAUGAAAAUAUCCUAGGAUCUGUGAAGAUAGUAAAUUCACCACCAAACACACCCUGUGAAACAAUAGAUCUGAAAAUUCACACAAAAAGUAAAAGGUCUUUGACCGAAAGUUCUACACAUCCUGAGAAUUCGACACAUCCUGCAGAGAAUUCGACACAUCCAGAAAGUUCUACAAAACCUAGAAAUUGCAUGGAUGGAUGUAGGAGGACCGAGUGUUGGGCAAAAGUUGAAGAUCGUGAUAGGAGAUGCAGGUGUCAUUUUCAUACAGUGCAUGCUAAUACACUUUGUAUUGGUGAGUGGUGUUAUUGCUGCUCUUACUAUUAA